UCACAGUUCAUUUGGCACCCUUUUUAUUAAAAUUUUUAACAAGUCUAAAGAAAAAAUAUAAUAUAGACUCAGUUAGACUACAGUUCCCGGAAAGAAGGCAUCAACACUAGACUAAGGGCCGCUAAGCCGCGAGUGAGAAAUAGGACAAGUUAAUAUUUUUUUAUCUUUAGAUUUAUUGUAUAGUAAUGAAUACCAUUCACACUUUGCAUAAUAAUUAACAAUUAGGAUACACACAGAAUAGCCUGAACAGAUUUGUAUUGUGUGACAUUUUAUCAUGGCUACAAAUAAGCCAGAUAUGGAUGGGUUGGGAAUGACGAAUCAAGAGCCAGAGCCUUUAACAGAACCAGAGCCUUCAAAUCAAGAUGAACCUGAAGAUCAUUUUCAACUGGAGGAACUAGAUAAAAAGAAUAAGGUUUAUAGAGAAGUUACAAUUGAUUUUGAAAAUGCUGGACUCAAAGUAGUCAAAAUUGAAAAACUUAUUAACAUUCACCUUUGCAAACGUUACAUAACUGAAAGAGAUUUGAUGCUUAGUCAACGAUUAAAGAUUGAUCCUGAUUUUAAAUUAAACGAGAAGUACUUGUAUCAUGGUACAACUGCAAAAAAAGAUUAUAUUUGUGAAGAAGGUUUGGACUCCAGAAUGUCAAAACAAGGUUGCUUUGGAAAAGGAAUUUAUUUCAGUAACUACCCUAAAAAAUGUGUGAGGUAUGCUGAGAAAGAAGGGGGUUCAGAGUCAUUUAUACUCCUCAUGAGAGUAAUUCUUGGAGAUUCAAAGACAUACCCUAAAAAGGUGAAACACAGAGAGCUGGUGAGAGAGCCUGAAAAAGAAGCUCCUUAUAAAGGAUAUAGGUUUUACGACUCUGUUCAGGGCUGCCCAGUCAAUCAUCAGGAGUUUGUUGUAUAUGAGAACAGAAGAGCAUUAGUCGAGUACCUUAUAACAUAUGCUAAGACAGAACCAGAAGGCCAGGUAGAGAAAGAGCCUUGUAUUAAACAAGCAAAGGAAGGGGAUACUCAGCCUAGAGCUCGGCCUUCUUCAGUUUCAUCCGAGAGUGACCUAGAUGAUCCUGCAGAUUUAAAUGACACUUCUGAUGAUGAAGAAUUUGGAGUGGCAAAUUACCUGAGGAUGCCAAUAGAUUCUCCCUACCUUAAGAGAGGUGAGGUGGUUCAUGAUGAAUAUGAGCCACUGUUGGAGGAAAUGAGGAAAAAAUUCAUGGAGGCGACAGGUGAAACAAAAGAAAUUGUUGUGGACCAUUUUUUACUGAGAGGCAAUUUAGAAGUGGAUGACGCAAUUAAAAUGUAUAAAGAGAAACCGGAAGGGGUAGAGUUUAUAAUUGAUGAGGAAGAAGACCCAAAAGUAAAGAAGUUUGAAGCAGAAUUGAAACGAGCUACAGCUAAACCUCAGUACCCAGAGCCUGGCUCAGAUGCUUGGAAUAGUCUAGGAGAUUCUGAUAAAGAUGCCAUCAUUGAGGGUCUUAUCCAGGACUUUCUGGACGUGACAGGCAUGGAAAAAACUGAGCAUGACUAUGCUAAGAGAUGUCUGGCAUCUAAUGAAAAUAACUUGGAUUUGGCUAUUUUGUCACAUUAUGAAGAUUUAUUUUGAAACUUCAGUUGGCAUGAUGUAGUUAAUCUGGAGGCCAUUCCAAUAACCCUAACAUAAAAACAUGGCAGUGGCACGCUGUUAACAGAACAAUGAUCAGACCUCCAUUUAUUUUAGGAUAAAAUCUUCCAAAGGAUAAUUCAUUAACAAAAAAGUUAUUCUGUAAUGUCAUAAUCUAAAAUCUUACAGAAAGUAAUUUAAUUUUUUUGUUUUAUAUUAAGUCAAAGAGAGAUGUAAAAAUAUACAUGCUACCUUAUGUUAUUUGAUGAAUAUAUUUUUACAUCAGUUUUUUUUAUUUGAUUAUGUUUAUUAAAUGAAUUUAGUGAUAACAAGAAAAUCAUGAAACAUUUAUUGAUCUCUUACUAAAAAAAACAAAAAUUACAUUGACACAAUUUUAAAACAAAGAACUUUGAAAUAGAUUUAUUUCAACUACAAAGUAAAUGAGGGUUGAAAAGCACUGUAGUUGUAACAAAUACAGUUCUUUUAUUUACCUUUUUGAGACUUUGCACAUAAAGUCAAAAUAAAUAUUUUAACUACAACAAUAAAGCUAGCUAAUGUGGAGAAAUAACUAUAAAUAUUUGCUUUCUUUUUUUAAACUGAUUUUUACAGCGGAUGAUGUAAAUAAGGUUUUGGUAUAUUCUUUUUAGUGUAAAGGGAUGAAAAACUUUCAUUUCUUUUUAUGUAAUCUAAUUUUUUACUUGUGCUUUGCUUAUUAAAUAAUCCACUAAACA